AUGCCGAUAUCAGAACAAUACAACAAAUGGCUAAGAAAGAAGCUGUGGCCGGCAUGGACGUUGUCGCGGGUGACAUACACGGAAUGUGCAAAGAUUGCAUAUUGGGGAAGCAAGACAAAAUGCCAUUCAAUGACGAAGUCGUACACGAACAAGAACCAUUGGAGAGAGUACAUCUGGACCUCUGGGGACGUGCAAGAACGCCAAGCUGGGGGCACGCCGUCUACUUGA